UCAGCCUCAAUCCAUUCUUGUUAAUCUCUUUAUAUUUCGACAAUGGCAAACCUGAAUUUCAAUGCUCUCAGAGACUUGCAUAACUCAGCUAACGACCUCCUGCACUCACCAAUAAUCAAGCGAGCGCUUGUUCACCAAGGUCAAGAACAAUGGGUUCAUCAAGUGUCCGAAUCAUCUCUAAGGAUGUUGGAUGUUUGUGGCAUUUCCAGGGACAUUCUUUUACUUGUCAAGGAACAUGUACAAGACCUACAAUUCACUUUGCGCCGUGUAAGCACCGAUGAGGCUGAUAUUGGAACCAAAAUAGCAGUUUACAACCGAUACUCAAAGAAACUAAAGAAAGAGACCCUCAAGUGCUUGCAAUCACUGAAAGGGAUGAGAAACAAGCCCAUCAUCACUUGUGACAUUGACGACAACCUGACGGUGGUUGUGGAUGUGCUAAGAGAAGUGAGUGCGACUGCCAUAUCUGUGGUGGAGUCGCUGCUUUCCCUCAUUUCUAUUCCUUGGUUGGAAAGAAGGUCAAGUAAAGGGUAUUUGGCAGCCAAGUUCAUGAGAUCGAGUUGGCGGAGAGUUUAUGAUGUAAGCGAUGAAAUGGCAGUUCAAAGCGCGAAUAAAAGAUUGGAGGCAGUGGAAAUAACGAUUGAGGAUCUUGAAGCUGAGAUAGAGUGCAUGUUUAGACGUUUGAUUCAGACUAGAGUUCUACUUCUUAACAUACUUACCAACUAAUUAAUCAAUACACAAUAUAAAUAUACUUUUUUUUUUUUUUUCUCUUUAAUUUCACUGUGAAUUGCCAAGCUUCAUGGUUUUUGUCUUAUGGAUCUGAUGCUAAUUAGAACUAAA